AUGGCGCCAAAAAGAUCCAACAAUCGAUUUACCGACUAUAGUCUUGGGCUCUUGAAUAAUAUCAAUGCCCUCGGGCGCGAUGCCGCGGAUAUACGGGACCCCAAAAGGCGCCGCGCCACACAUGCCGAUAUUUUUGAAAUUCCCAUCUCCCACUCCCCGAUCAGAUCUCCAAAGAUCCCUCAAACCGAACCAAAAAAUACAAACCGGUUGAGUUUGAGAAGUCGCAGAGUGCUUAGAGCCGUGCAACCGGAUUCGUCCCCUAGCGUUUCCGACAAUGAAGAAGACAAGAGCCCUAGCAACGGCGAAUCUGGGUCAGGCGAUAGCGAGUCUGAAUCAAUUCAAUCUGGGCCUAGCGGCAGCGGAGAGAAGGAAGUGGAUGAGGGGGUGGAUGAAGAGGUGGAUGAUAACCUCACCGAGCUACAGCGCGAGGCUGAGCAUGAUCCGUUCCCUGAACCAGUCGAUCUGUUCCCAGCCGAGGACGAGGAUCAAGCUGAUGAUCAGGAUGGAUACGAAGCCAGAGGUGCACAAGGCAAUGAAUCUGGAGACAAAUCCGAAUAUGGAGAUAAAGAACAGGGAGGUGACCAAGCUGCAGAGGAAGCUAGAGAUGCACAAGAUAAUAAUACAUCUGAAGACGGAUCCGAAUAUGAAGAUGAAGAAGAGGCAGAUGAUUAUUCUCCAGCCGAAUUCCAGAAUCAUACAACACCAACUCAGCAGAUUGCAAACGCAAAUACCCCUGCGAUGCAAAUCUUGGAGAGUAUACCAAGAAACAAAACAGAUGACACACACAUAAAUCGCAUGUCAGCAAAUGCUCAGGAGUCUAAGAAUGUCUCGUCACAGCUGCAGGGAGUACCGGAGACACCAUCAAUCCAGUCACCUCGUCCAAAUCAUGACCAUCGAAGCGCUCGCUCCAAUAUCUUCACAUGGCUGACCGAGGCCACUAAAGAAUCUGGGUUUAAGGAUACAUGGGAAGCAAUACGCAAAACAAGAAAAACUCUAAAGACUCACGCUGAUCCCUCUACGAAAGAGCAUUUCAGGGGUAUCAUAAAGCUCAUUGAGCGGCUACGAGACCUUUUUGAAACAAUGACCAAUGAUCCUGCUUCAGCUUCUUCCUUGAAAAACAAGUGUAGCCUCAUCGCCAACGGUGUCUUCAAAGAGACUCAGUGGAUCAUUUACACCGAAGCCCCAGAGGAUGAAGAGAAUGGUGCAUACCUGGUCAAUCAACUCGAAGCCCAUAUUGUUCCCCGACUGAUUGACCUAAUCAUACUCGGAUUUAAGAUCUACAAGACUAUACAUGAUCGGGGAUCGCGACAUUUUCGCAUUAUCCUCGAUUUGCUUUGGGGGUCUUGUGAUAGGAUAUCUUCUCUCGCCCAGAUGCAUUAUGAUAUCAGCAGGAACGUGAUGGCUUAUUCUAAAAGGGUGUUGCCACACGUCAAGGCCCUCAAGGAUGCACUUAAAGACGGCCGGCUACGUGAGACACCUAAUUCCAUCCCCCGCCGCUCUCUUCCUUACAAGCACUUUGAGUUGGAAGAGGUCGACAGCCAUAUCUCUUGUGGACGGUGGACCCAUGGCGAGAAGAUUGCACUCCGCGAUGGCUUACAAUUAUAUGAGGGAGACGAUCGAUAUAUUGAUAUCAAGUGUGACAAUACAAUCGGCGGUCAACUCUCCGAGCGCAUCCUGCAAGAUAUCCAGGGCCAAGCCAUCAACAUCGGGUUGGACGAUCCACGAACCAAUCAACGAGUUCGGGAGAGAAAUGAUGGUGAAAUGAGUGGGAAUAUUGGCAUUUUGUAG